AUGGCAUCCAACGCCUGUGGGUGUCAGGUCACCCCUUUCGAUGCUUUGUUCAUCUAUCUAUCUAUCUAUUUAUCUAUCUAUCUAUCUAUCUAUCUAUCUAUCUAUCUAUCUGAGUUUGUUCAUCUAUCUAUCUAUCUAUCUAUCUAUCUGAGUUUGUUCAUCUAUCUAUCUAUCUAUCUAUCUGAUUUGUUCAUCUAUCUAUCUAUCUAUCUAUCUGAGUUUGUUCAUCUAUCUAUCUAUCUAUCUAUCUAUCUAUCUAUCUAUCUGAGUUUGUUCAUCUAUCUAUCUAUCUAUCUAUCUAUCUAUCUGAGUUUGUUCAUCUAUCUAUCUAUCUAUCUAUCUGAGUUUGUUCAUCUAUCUAUCUAUCUAUCUAUUUAUUCCAAGCUAAAAACAGAAAAACUUUCCCCUUCUUUUACUGCUAAAAUUCAUGUGACACUAGAAUUAGUGUUCAUUUACCAACAUGAGAGAGCAGUAGGACUUUUGAUUCCCAAUACAACAGACAUGAAAAUUUGA